AUACGUUCUUAUCAGUACUGCAGUUCUGUUCAUUACUUCUUCCCACAAUGGCCAUCAACAAGAAGUCGAUGCUCUCUCUGAUUCUGAUUUUGAUUAGCUCUCUCCUUCCAUUUCCUAUAUCUGCUCCACCAAAGGGCUGCUCCUUUGAUGCCAUCUAUCAACUGGGAGACUCUAUAUCAGAUACUGGAAAUCUGAUUCGAGAAGCUCCAAUCGGGUCCUCUUCUGCGUUCGCUAGGCUUCCUUACGGUGAAGCUUACUUCAAAAAGCCUACUGGUCGUUGCUCUAAUGGCCUUAUUAUGGUUGACUUCAUAGCUUCAGCCCUUCAUCUACCUCUUCUUAACCCUUACUUGGAAGGGGAUGCCAACUUCACUCAUGGAGUGAACUUUGCAGUGGCUGGGUCUACAGCACUUGACACAUCCUUCCUUGCAAAAAACAAAAUUAUAGUUCCAUUGACCAACAGCUCCCUUUCAGUCCAACUUGGUUGGUUCAAACACCAUCUAAAAUCCAUCUGUUACACACAAACAGAGUGUGCCCACAAGCUUGGAAGGGCCUUAUUUCUAGUGGGAGAAAUUGGAGGGAAUGAUUAUAUCUAUGCAUUCUUUCAAGGAAAAAGCAUAGGAGAGAUUCACAGCUAUGUGCCUCAUAUUGUCCAGAAAAUCAAGGAUGCUGCUAGAAAAGUGAUAGAUCAUGGUGCAAAGACAGUGAUCGUUCCGGGGCAUUUCCCUAUAGGAUGCUUACCAAUUUAUCUCACAGCUUUUAGAAGCAAUGAUCCAGCAGCUUAUGAUGAACUCAAGUGUCUGAAAGGCUUGAAUAACUUGGCAAUGUUUCACAACAAUCACCUCCAAAGAGCCUUGAAACAGCUGAGGAAGGUGUACCCUGAUGUCACUAUAGUUUAUGCUGACUACUACACAGCUCUUCAGUGGGUACUUAGCCAUGCUCCUUCUCUUGGAUUUGAAGACAAAUCUCUACAGAAAGUCUGUUGUGGAAUUGGAGGAGACUACAACUUUGAUUUGACCAAGGAAUGUGGAUCUCCUGAGGUUCCUGUUUGUCCUGACCCAGAAACACGCAUUAGUUGGGAUGGUUUUCAUUUGACAGAGAAAGCUUACAAGUACAUGGCUGAUUUCCUCAUGCACAGCAUAAUGCCAGAAAUCCAAUGUGCCAUCUGAACCUGUUUUGGUUCAAUAGUCACUGAACUUGAUUAGAAAUAAGUUACUACUUCAAUUGUUAGGUUCCUAAGUUUGGUACUUAGAGUCUAGUGUACUGUACUUCUUUUUCUUUUUUUUUUAAUAUUGUAAGAUGUAAACUUGUCUUUGGGACAAUGAACUUUGU